AUAUCUAUAUGGCCCAUUGCACCCAAUUAUCUUAAUAAAGAUUGCCUCUUAUGGUCCAUGCUACAUUCUCCACUUCACUCACAAAAGAAAUUUGGAGAAAUGUACAAAAUUUAGGAAACUAGAAAACAAAUGCAUUCAUUACUUCAAUGAAUUCUCAACUAUCACAAACCUUAGUCAACAAAACUACCACCCUUCUCUUUUUCUCAAAAGAAAUGCUAAAGCAAAAAGCUAAAGAAGAGGGUAGUCCAUCACUUCAUUUUUUUUAUUGUUUCCUUUAAAAAAUAAAUAAAUAAAUAAAAUUGAAAGGAAAACAAAAAGUGAUAACAUUCAUAAUUCAUAAAGUUCUUCAACAUUCAUAAAAUACCCAUCUUCUCCCGUUUUUUGCUCCUCCAUUUUCUUCUCCUUCUCCAACUCUCCCAUGUUAUGUAUUUAGGGCUUAAAUUUAGCUUAUUCAUUUUAAUUCUUCUUCAACUCGUUUAAUAAUCUUAAAUCAAACUGAACUGAAUUAAACUAAACUUAUGCAAUUUAUAGCAAAACCUAAAUCAUCACUACCAUCUUAUGAAAUGCUCAAAAAAGAAUGUUAUCUUAGAUUAUGCCCUCCAUCUUGUCCGUGCGACGGACUUCUUCCUUCGCACGGUCCACCCCCACCCUUAACCUUCCCCAUAGACAAAUCCCAAAACAACCCAACUUAUUCUCCUCUUGUGAUAGCCAUCAUAGGGAUUCUUGCAAGUGCUUUUCUCUUAGUAAGUUACUAUGCCAUAAUCUCCAAGUAUUGUGGAAACUCAUCCAAUUCUAGACAAAAUAGAGAGAUCAAUAACCAAGAAAUCACAAUGGAGGAGGGUUUUCAUGGUAGUUUUCGACACGACCCGAAUCAACAUGAACCAUGGUUAAUCACUACUCCUGGCCUAGAUGAAGCUUUGAUCAAAACUAUAACCCUAGUUAAGUACAAAAAGGGUGAUGGCUUGGUUGGAAGUAGUGAUUGUUCGGUUUGUCUUGGUGAGUUUUUUGAUGAUGAUACUUUGAGACUUUUGCCUAAAUGUAGUCAUGCUUUUCAUAUUACUUGUAUUGAUACAUGGCUUAGGUCUCACUCUAAUUGCCCUCUUUGUCGUGCUAAUAUAAUCUCAACCUUUUUUAAUACUAAUACUAAUAAUACUAAUCCAUCAUUAAUGGUUGAUAAUCACAACGAUCUUAUUCAUAGCAUCAUUAAUGGUGGGCAAGAUCAUAAUAUUUUGUUAGAAAACCAAGGUGAAAGUGAAGAAAUUAGCUCAAAUAAUGAAGGGAGACAAUUGGGUUAUGCAGAAGAAACUAGUGGGAACACACCAAAAAGUACAAAUACACAAGUUAGAGCUUUAAGUGAUCUUGGUGCUAGAAUCUAUGGUGGAAGAAGGGGUUCUAUUCGAAGAUCGAUUUCGAUGGAUCAUAGGGUUUUGAAUCCUAAUGUUUUAAGGUACAAUCACGGAGAAGAUUGUGUAAUGAAGAUUGGAUCUUUGAACAAGGGAGAUGGUGUUGGUAAUAGUAGUAGAAGAAGAAGAAAUGAAGUGUUACAUUGUGUUAUGAAUAGUGUUUCAAUGAAAAGAUCGUUUUCUAGUGGAAGAUUUUUGUUAUGUAAGCAUGGUAGAGGAAGAAAUGAAGUGAUUCCUCUAUGAUAUUUCACCACUUAACAAGAUUGUGAAAAAUACACCAUUUCAUGUACAGGAAGGAUUAGGAUUUUGCAUAUUUUCAUACAUCUUUCUAGUCAAAUGACUCUUUGUUUGCAUCCUCUUUUAUGUACAUGGGUUGUUGCAUUUUUUCCCUCUCUAAACCUUAAUCAUAGUUUUCUAAAUACACCGAGUAUAUGAGGAUAUUUUGAUAUCAAUUGCUUUGUUUGAUGUAAUUAUAGGUUGUUAGAUUGGGAAGGUUUUUAUAAAACUUUUUUUUCCUUCAAUACAUAUUUCUUCUUUGUUUUA